AUGGAUAAUAAACAAAUUCUUAAAAAAUUAAAUGAAAUCAAAAAAAUCUUAGAUUCAUGCAAUAGAAAUAAAAUCAAUGAAGCACUUGAUUGGGAACCAUAUAAAGAUGCUGCUGAAAAAUUAGUAAAAGAAAUCAUUGAAAAAAGAGAAUUGGCUGAAGAAAUUACUUAUUAUCAAAGUCAAGGAAAUAAAGAAAAAAAUGAUUUUGAUAUUUUUUUUAAAAGAAGUUAUUAA